CUAUAUAAGACGGUUUUUGUUGUUAAUAAAAGUCAGUUACCCAAAAUACUUCUUCCAAAAUGGGUGCUUUGGUUUUCCGCUUAAUAUUGGUAGUCCUUAUUUUAGCAAUGGCUGGAGCCAAGAAAAUAGACUGGGAAAUGCAUCAUAGAAGAAAAGCUAUUUGCUUACAACCCGUUGUUUAUGGGACUUGCAGAGUUGGGGUUAAUGCCUGGCAUUACAAAAUCUCAGAACAUAAGUGUGUGAAGUUUGUUUAUCGUCUUUGUGGAGGUAACCAGAAUCGGUUCUACUCAAAGAAGGAGUGCGAGGAAAUGUGUGACCUGCCUUGGAUUAUUACCCCAGAUUUUGAGUAUUUUGAUGGUCAAAAACGUUAUCGCCAAUGAUAUUUUAAAUCUAAAAAGCCGCGAAAAGUUCAAAUUUGUAAUACAUAUGGCAACAUUUGCCAGGGCUGGCAUCAACGUAGUACCUCUAACGGCCGUUAGGUGGUGUGUGGAAUAAGCAUCGCCCUCCGUUGUUAGAAUAGGUAAGACCAUACAACAGCCGAGAAACAAUAGAUGGCGUAAUUAUUUUGAUAAGCACUUGAAUUAUAUAUGUUCUCGAUCUUAUAUGAAUCAAAGAAACUGUAUUUUAUUACUACAAAGAAAUGUACAAAAAUAGUAAAAA